AUGGGCGCAGAGACGGAAGCCGGAAGUCGAUGCUCAGGAAUGUUGAUGUUAGAAAGUGGAGGAGAAGAGCGUCGACGAGCAUUAAAACAGCUUAAUUCAUUCAAUCCGACCAGGAUGAUUAAGAUCCCGAGCAGAAUGUGAGAGUCGGACGGAAAACAUCAUGCUGAUCAAACACAUCAGACAGCGCAGUGUCGGCCGGGCGAAGGUGGCCCAUGCAGUGGUGGUGAUCUUCAUGGAGUUCUUCGCCUGGGGUCUCCUGACCACACCAAUGCUGACAGUCCUGCAUCAAACAUUCCCACAGCACACGUUUCUCAUGAACGGCCUCAUUCAGGGCGUCAAGGGCUUGCUGUCGUUCAUGAGCGCUCCUCUGAUCGGUGCCUUGUCUGAUGUUUGGGGCAGAAAAAGCUUCCUGCUGCUCACAGUGUUUUUCACCUGCGCCCCCAUCCCACUAAUGAGGAUCAGCCCAUGGUGGUUUUUCGCUCUGAUGUCAGUGUCUGGACUUUUCUCUGUUACAUUUUCUGUGAUAUUUGCAUAUGUGGCUGAUAUUACAGAAGAGCAUGAAAGAAGCACAGCGUAUGGACUGGUUUCUGCGACUUUCGCUGCGAGUUUAGUGACGAGUCCGGCUAUAGGAGCGUUCCUGUCCGUCCGGUACGGAGACAGUCUGGUGGUUCUGCUUGCCACUAUCAUCGCAGUGUCUGAUAUUCUGUUCGUCCUGCUGGUGGUGCCCGAGUCUCUGCCAGACAAAAUGAGACUGUCAUCAUGGGGUUUUCCCAUUUCCUGGGAGCAGGCGGAUCCUUUCGCUUCUCUGAGGAAGGUUGGUAAAGACUCCACAGUGCUGCUCAUCUGCGUCACAGUGUUCCUGUCGUAUCUGCCGGAGGCCGGACAGUAUUCCAGCUUCUUCCUCUACCUGGGACAGGUCAUUAACUUCUCGUCAGAAGCGAUUGCAGGGUUUAUAGCGAUGGUGGGAAUCCUGUCCAUCAUUGCACAGGUAAAGACCUUCAGCUUCCACAUCAGGUAGUUUUCACAAACACUUGUCUUUAUGACAGAUUUAUUCAAACAUACAUAUAUAUAUUUAACUGUAAAUAAGCUUUUUUUAUAGCUAACUAAUGAACUGUGAAAAUUGGAUAACUUUCCUGAGGUAAAUCCAACAUUAAAGGAUUAGUUCACACAAAAAUGAAAAUUCUGUCAUCAUUUACUUGUCGUCCCAAACCUGUAAGACUUUCUUUCAUCUGAUCCCUCUAUUGACAGUCCACACAACUACCUCUUCAACACUUAAAGAAGUUCAUGAAGAGAAUUUGAAUUUAGGCUUUUAUUCACAUAUAAAUAUUUAUCAACGCACGAGCGAGAACCAAUGAGGUUCAUUCUCGUGUUACGCAGCACGUUUGAGCUUCAGCGAGAACCAAUGAGGUUCAUUCUCGUGUUACGCAGCACGUUUGAGCUUCAGCGAGAACCAAUGAGGUUCAUUCUCGUGUUACGCAGCACGUUUGAGCUUCAGCGAGAACCAAUGAGGUUCAUUCUCGUGUUACGCAGCACGUUUGAGCUUCUUCAAGAACCAAUGAGGUUAAUUCUCGUGUUACGCAGCACGUUUGAGCUUCAGCGGGAACCAAUGAGGUUCAUUCUCGUGUUACGCAGCACGUUUGAGCUUCAGCGAGAACCAAUGAGGUUAAUUCUCGUGUUACGCAGCACGUUUGAGCUUCAGCGGGAACCAAUGAGGUUCAUUCUCGUGUUACGCAGCACGUUUGAGCUUCAGCGAGAACCAAUGAGGUUCAUUCUCGUGUUACGCAGCACGUUUGAGCUUCAGCGGGAACCAGUGAGGUUAAUUCUCGUGUUACGCAUCACGUUUGAGCUUCAGCGGGAACCAAUGAGGUUCAUUCUCGUGUUACGCAUCACGUUUGAGCUUCAGCGGGAACCAGUGAGGUUAAUUCUCGUGUUACGCAGCACGUUUGAGCUUCAGCGGGAACCAAUGAGGUUCAUUCUCGUGUUACGCAGCACGUUUGAGCUUCAGCGAGAACCAAUGAGGUUCAUUCUCGUGUUACGCAGCACGUUUGAGCUUCAGCGAGAACCAAUGAGGUUCAUUCUCGUGUUACGCAGCACGUUUGAGCUUCAGCGGGAACCAAUGAGGUUCAUUCUCGUGUUACGCAGCACGUUUGAGCUUCAGCGGGAACCAAUGAGGUUCAUUCUCGUGUUACGCAGCACGUUUGAGCUUCAGCGGGAACCAAUGAGGUUCAUUCUCGUGUUACGCAGAACGUUUGAGCUUCAGCGAGAACCAAUGAGGUUCAUUCUCGUGUUACGCAGAACGUUUGAGCUUCAGCGAGAACCAAUGAGGUUCAUUCUCGUGUUACGCAGCACGUUUGAGCUUCAGCGAGAACCAAUGAGGUUCAUUCUCGUGUUACGCAGCACGUUUGAGCUUCUUCAAGAACCAAUGAGGUUAAUUCUCGUGUUACGCAGCACGUUUGAGCUUCAGCGGGAACCAAUGAGGUUCAUUCUCGUGUUACGCAGCACGUUUGAGCUUCAGCGAGAACCAAUGAGGUUCAUUCUCGUGUUACGCAGCACGUUUGAGCUUCUUCAAGAACCAAUGAGGUUAAUUCUCGUGUUACGCAGCACGUUUGAGCUUCAGCGGGAACCAAUGAGGUUCAUUCUCGUGUUACGCAGCACGUUUGAGCUUCAGCGAGAACCAAUGAGGUUCAUUCUCGUGUUACGCAGCACGUUUGAGCUUCUUCAAGAACCAAUGAGGUUAAUUCUCGUGUUACGCAGCACGUUUGAGCUUCAGCGGGAACCAAUGAGGUUCAUUCUCGUGUUACGCAGCACGUUUGAGCUUCAGCGGGAACCAAUGAGGUUCAUUCUCGUGUUACGCAGAACGUUUGAGCUUCAGCGAGAACCAAUGAGGUUCAUUCUCGUGUUACGCAGAACGUUUGAGCUUCAGCGAGAACCAAUGAGGUUCAUUCUCGUGUUACGCAGCACGUUUGAGCUUCAGCGGGAACCAAUGAGGUUUGUUCUUGCGCGUCAAGCAGGUUCAGUUGAGCUUCUGUUGUUUUUCUCUGAUCAGUGUUUAUAUGUGAGUAAAAGCCUAAAUCAGACCUGAUCAUCUGCUGUUUUUAAAUAAUCGGCCUUAUUCAUGAUAUUGAUUGUGUUUUUGCAGACAUUACUUUUAAGUGUUCUAAUGAAGAGAAUUGGAAAUAAAAGCACAGUGCUACUGGGACUCGGAUUUCAGCUGUUCCAGCUGGCCUGGUACGGCUUUGGGUCAGAACCAUGGAUGAUGUGGGCGGCCGGAGCCGUCGCUGCCAUGUCCAGUAUCACCUUUCCCGCCGUGAGCGCGCUGGUGUCUCGCUGCACGGAUCACGACCAGCAGGGAGCGGUUCAGGGGAUGAUCACAGGGAUUCGAGGUCUGUGUAACGGACUCGGUCCGGCUCUUUUUGGAUUCAUAUUCUUCCUCUUCAAUGUGGAACUGAAGGAGAUGAGCCCCGUCACGAACCCCAUCACACCCAGCACCGAAGAGAAAUCUGCUAUUCCAGGUCCACCCUUCCUGUUCGGCGCGUGUACGGUGGUUCUGGCGCUGCUGGUGGCGGUCUUCAUUCCGACUCAACACGCUCCGGCCGUGAAGACGUGCAGCACGCGGGUCAUGACGGAGCCCGUGAGCAGCGGUGGCGUCCCGGAGAACAGCUCCGUUCCUGUGAGCGACGAAGACAACGAGCCUCUUUUACAGGACAGCAGCUUAUAGACGACUGAAACAAGGUUUUGAUUCCAGCGGUGUGUCGGAAAAAGCUUUUUAUGGGAUGUCUAAACGUCUUUUUGGCAACACUUUACAAUAAGGUCUCAUUAGUUAGUGCAUUCUGUGCAGCAUUCAUUAAUCUUUAUCAAUGUUCGUUAAUAAAAAUAGAAAAAUAAAAAAAAAUAUUGUUCAUUGUUUGUUUUUUUAUUUUAAAUGUAUUAAUAUAUAAUGAAAUUAACAUGAACUAAGAUUAAUAAAUGCUGUAGAAGUGUUUUUCAUUGUUAGUUCAUAUUAUCUAAUGAAACCUUAUUUUAAAGUGUUACCGUCUUAUUUCUUAUCCUUUUGUCUUUGAAAGAGAAUGUGCCUUCUUCAUAUUUUGGCAUAUAGUUCAUGUGCUGCCGUGUAUCUGAAUGUACAUGUAGUCAAGCCAAUGUCCUUUAAUAUAUUACUGAUGAACUUUAACCUCUGCGCUAAACUUGUACAGACCGCAAUAAUAAUGUUGACACAAAGAUUUCAUCUGACAGCAGGAAGCAUUUAAAAACACUGCAAAACAAGUUCUUCCUCAGUGUUUCUGUCUUGUUUUGCAGCACAAAUAUCUAAACAUUCUUAAAUCAAGACACAUUUACUGGAGAAGAGAAAUGACUGAAGAUAUUAAGACUGAAAAAUGAGUUUGUGCUUAAAACAAGAACGAAUAUCUGCCAAUGGAGUCAGAAAAAUAAACUUGUUUUCACUUUGAAUUAAGAUUAUUUUUCUGACUCCACUUACAGAUAUUUGUUCUUGUUUUAAGCACAAACUCACUUCAUUUUGAUUCAUUUUCCAGUAAAUGUAUCUUGAUUUAAGAAUGUUUAGAUAUUUGUGCUGGAAAACAAGACAGAAACACUGAGGAAGAACAUCAUGUGUGGCUGUGAUGCAGUUGCACGUACAGCGAGAGCGCGGCGUCUUUUAUCAGAAGUCAAUAAACGACACAAAACAGACAUAAUCAUUGUUUUUAGGUCAGAUGCAGCUUUGAUAGAUUAAUUAUUAGGAAGUAAAUUCAAUCUAUAUUCAUAUACGAGCACCAGCUAUUCGACACGGAGCUGCUACCUCACGAUUAAACAUCUGCUUGAUUAAAUACAUUGAUGUUUCUGUGUUGCAGAUGUCCUGAAAAAUAUCAUUUUUAAAACAGCUUUACUGAUUUAUCGUUGCUUCCUAACAGAACCGACUCUUACUGACUUUUAUGUGAUUAUUUAAUUAAAGUGUAUUUUUUGCAUGUUAAACGCAGAGUAAGACGAAUUUCAGUUUCAUUACGUCAUUCGCUGAUAUCAUGAAACAUACUGCAGCAAUAACAUGUGAACUACAUGCCUGAAUCCGUGACGUUAUCAAGCACGAUUGAAUGUCUGUAGCGUUACAGAUGUGUUUUAGCAGCACAGAGAGAAGCAAACUUGGGGACCUGAUUAUUAUGCAUACUUGAAAAUGAAGUGUAGACGUGACUGUAUUUAUGCAAUCGGUGCUGAUCGCCGCGCAUUGACGAGCUCGUAGCCCCACUAAAGUCAUUUUAGAUGUUUUUCAAUGAACUGCACUUUGUUUUUUAAUGAUGUUUCGGCUACAGGUGCCAUUCUUCAUGUCUAUGCAGACUUGAUGCUCGUUGGUUUGUAGAUGCCUUCUGAAGAGAUUUUAUUGAUGCACAUUAAGCAUUCGUUUGCUGAUGACUGCAACCAGACGUUUGUUACAAGCUAUUCGUUAAUCAAUGUUUCAAUAAACCACUUCAUAUUCCAGAAA